AUGAAAAUCCACGAGGACGUUGGAGACGAUAGCAUCGGUCGCGGCGUAGUUUCUCUACCCGGCAGUCCCCGGGGGAACAACUCUUCAGUUCCUGUCGUGGGCUCUGCAGAGAGUCUAGUCACGAGAGUGCUGCAGGAGCAGGGACUGGGCGAGUACUGUGACCCCGAGUUCGUGAGGAACACUUCUCGCGAGAUGCAAGAGGCACUUGAGAUGACGCAGGAGCAAAUGGACAGAGCCGCGCACCAGCUAAUGGUAAAGGAAAAGACCAUAAAACAAGCGCAAAGCCAACAAGCUCAAGUUGGCGACAUCCUAGCCCGCCAAUACCACCCGUUUCACCAGCCAGCGACGAUGCCCCCACCAGUGUUCAAACGGUUAUAG